AACACAUGUGCUAUGAGCCACAGCUUCAGUUUAUCUCACAGUCUAGCGAUGUCCCAAGGAUGGUGCCUGGGAGAUUAAGCGGGGACCAGCUCACACCAAUGAAUUGAAACUGACAACUGCGAGCACAGACCCAGCUAAAAAAAAGCUCUGAAAGCAACCAUGGAGGGUGUAGAAGUCAAGAUAGAAACGAAAGGGGAAAAGAAGACACAAAACCAGACUCCAGUGAGAAAGUGUGGGAAGCAAGUCUGCAAAGCCAUUUGCUAUAUCACAGGAGACAUGAAAGAGUUUGGAGACUGGCUUCAAGAUAAACCGCUCCCGUUUCAGUUUGUCGACUGGGUCCUGCGAGGGACAUCCCAGGUGAUGUUCGUGAAUAACCCUCUCAGUGGGCUUAUCAUGAUUGUUGGGUUCCUUGUCCAGAAUCGUUGGUGGACGCUCACAGGCUGUUUAGGAACAGUUGUCUCAACAUUAACAGCACUUAUUCUGAGUCAGGAUAGAUCAUCCAUAGCAGCGGGAAUGCAUGGCUAUAAUGGGGUCCUGGUGGGACUGCUUAUAGCUGUAUUCUCUGACAAGGGAGAUUUCUAUUGGUGGCUUCUACUGCCUGUUGUUCUUGUAUCCAUGACAUGCCCCGUUUUCUCCAGUGCUUUAGGCUCAAUCUUCAUCCUCAUUAAACCUGCAACAUCAGUGCCCAAUAUCACCUGGUCCAACAUUGAUGUGCCAAAGCUGCUACAAUCCAUUCCAGUUGGUGUCGGCCAGGUGUACGGCUGUGAUAACCCCUGGACUGGUGGCAUCUUCCUGGUUGCUUUAUUCCUCUCCUCUCCUCUCAUUUGCUUGCAUGCUGCAAUCGGAUCAACCGUGGGGAUGCUGGCAGCACUGAGCCUAGCAGCACCUUUUAGCAAUAUCUAUGCCGGCUUGUGGAAUUACAACAGUUGCCUCGCAUGCAUCGCUAUCGGGGGCAUGUUCUAUGCUCUGACAUGGCAGACCCACCUGCUAGCAAUUGCCUGUGCAUUCUUUUGUGCUUAUCUGGGAGCAACUGUGGCCAAUAUGUUUUCUGUGUUUGGAUUACCAUCGUUUACCUGGCCUUUCUGCUUGUCUGCACUCACCUUUCUGUUAAUAACCACAAACAACUCCGCCAUCUACAAGUUACCUCUCGCCAAAGUCACUUACCCAGAAGCCAACCGAGUGUAUUACCUCACAAUGAAGAAGCAGUACCGGGUUUACCAUAGCGCCAGUGGCGCCAUGGCACCGGUGCCAGACUCAGAAGGGGCCCCGGCCAGCCUGAUCCCCCAGCCAGCUGAGCUGGCCAGGAAAGCUGCACCUGCCCCUGCUCCACCCUCGCCCCACCACUUCCCACCCCUGCUCCGCCCCAGCCCCACUCCCACUCCACCCCCUUCCCUGAGCUAUGCAACCUGGGGAACUGCAGUAGGGAUCAGGCCCACCCUGCACGCACUGGGCACCGGGAAGUGGAGCGACCCGGCCCCAGCCCGCUCCACUCUGCCGGCUCCCAGCCACGCCGCCGGUGAGUGCUGGGGGAAGGUUCCCCCCCACCCCCCAAGUCCCAAGGCCGGGAGCCAGGGGAGCAGAGCGGAUCAGGCUGGGGCCAUGUCACUCCACUUCCUGACACCCCAUGUGUGGGGUCGGGCCCGCCCUGCAAUCGCCGGGCGGCAGGAAGUGGAGCGACCCGACCCCAACCCGCUCUGCUCCGCUGGCUCGUGCUGGGGGGCGGUUUCUCCCCUGCCCCCCAAGCCUGGGGAGGAGAUGGAGCAGUGGGGAAGGGGCAUGGGAUGGGGAAGAGAAGGGGAUAGAGUCCUGUUGCCCCUGCACUCGAAACCGCCCCCCAAUGAGCUUCUGUGCAUCCAGAUCUCCCACUGA